UUUUUCAUCUUUCUUAUUUUCAAAAAAAUGACAUAUUUGCUCCCAAAUUCUCAUUUCACAUUUUCCAUUCCUUCAUCAUCAAAUUCCCAUAUCAGAAAACCUAAAAAGUUUCUUACUUUAUUAUCAAUUCAUUGUAAUCUCUCAACCCCGCCAAAAUCCAAAGAAGAAGCUAUACUUCAAGCAAAAACCUGCCUUUCAUCCACCUUAGAAAAGCCUCUAAACAACCCCAAACUUGCUGGCAAGCUCAAGAAGCUUAAACAGCCAAGGUUUCGUGUCGAAAUCCCUGUCGUAGAUGACUCGCCCAGUUCGUUAUCUGAACUUGCACUCCAACUGUUUGAUGAAAUGCCGCUUAAGAUGAAAAAAGCUAAAGCUAAGAUAUUGAUACUAUGGCCUAAUUUGACAUUAACUGAAUCUGCGAAUAAAUUGGGAAUUGGGUCAGUUGAACAUUUUGAUAUUAGUUCUGUAACGAAUACGAGUGUUUUGAACAAUGCUGAUGUGGUUGUGUUUUUGACACCAGAGGCUUCACAAGUGGAGGUAAUGCAGAUGGUUUGUAACAGUUUGUAUCCGAAACCGAUGGUUUUAUUUAAUCCUAGGUGGAGUUAUGAUGAUGAGGAGAGUAGUCUUGGUGAAUUUACGGACUUUUUGGGAUCGUUUGAUGUCAUUUAUUCGUUUAUGGGUUUAGAAGUCAGAGGAUUGUUGAGUAAGAGAAAUGGUGUGGUGUUUAAGUGUGUUAGAGAUGGCGUUUUGAGUGGAGAGCAAUGGAGUGUCUUGGUUGAAGAAGGAGGUGAACUGAAAGUGGUUACAAGAUUUAAGACGAGACCUUCGAUUAUUGAAGUUGAGAAUGUUUUGUACAAUUUGAUGGCUAUUAAUUCUCCCAUUACCAAAUCAGCUAAGUUCUUAAAAGACUUGGUUUCUAAUGUAACCGGGAAAAAGACUUGAUGAAUUUAUCUGAGAAGUUGAUGUAUUUCGCCCAUAGGGCCCGUAGCUCUGGAAAUGCUAUAUCUAACCAUGGUUUUGCGCGGCCAUUAAAAUGGAUGACAGCAGCACUUUGAGCAUCAGCUAUGCUUGUAUUCUCUUGAUAUCCAAGGCCUAACAUAUGCCAAAAAGGGUCAAUAAUAUGAACAUACCCAUGAAAUGCUAUCAAACCGGGAGGUAAUGUUCCUAAUUGCCACAAACUGAGAUCUGAUUUCAAGUUCUGCGCAUUAAAACAAGUAAUUAGAGUUGCUUGAUAUUUUAUUUUUGCA